AUGGAUGUCACCGUCUUGGAGAAGUAUUCCGACUCCAAUAGCCAGGGUGAUAUUCUUGACUUCUUCCCCAAUGCUGGCAGAAUUAUCAAUCGAUGGGAUGGGGGCAAGGUUGGCCAGCAAAUUCACGAUACCGGUUGCAGCCAAAUUCGCACCAUGGAGCUAUUCAAGUAUGACAGCAAAUUCAUUGUCGAUGUCCCAUGGGCAAGAGAUGGAAAGGAACACAACAUCACUUAUGCAGGCCACCGCGGCAAGAUCCACUCAAUCUUCCUUGCCUACGCAAAGACUCGUGUCCAGGACAUCAGGAUUGGCGUCGCAGUCACGGAGUAUCUUGAAGAAGAUGGCCGAGCAGGUGUGAAGCUGAGCACUGGCGAGACUAUCUGGGCCGACUGUGUUAUUGCCGCCGACGGCCCACGGUCCAUCGCUCGGGCGCAGGUGUUGCAUCUCGACGACAAGAAAAUCGACGAGACCACAAGCGGCUGGUCUGUCUUCAGAAGCUUCUUUAAGACAGACGAAACCAUGAGAAAUUACCCUGGCAUCAAGGAACUCUUCCAUGAGGAUAGAGAUACUGUACGAUUUUGGAUGUAUGACAAUUUGAGCCUGAUGGCAUUUGUCUGGAACCAGGGUCAAGACAUUGCUUGGGUUCUUGUUCAUCCGGACGACAAAGAAUCCUCCGAGUCUUGGUCCAACAUCGCCGAAAGAGAGCAUGUGGCCAAGUGGAUGAGCUUCUUCCCCGGAAAAGACGCACAGGCACUGCUCGAAGUCACGCCCUCGAACAAGACCAUUGAUUUCAAGCUCGUCUAUCGACCGACCAUAGACACCUGGGUCAGCAAGGGCGGUCGCACGAUCCUGAUCGGAGAUGCUGCUCAUGCCAACCUGCCUACUGCUGGACAAGGCGCUUCUCAAGCACUCGAAGACGCUGUGACAGUUGCUGAGUGCUUGCAGUCGUCCAACGGAGACGUCAAGCUAGCACUUGAAGUUGCACAGCGGAUUCGUUACCAUCGGUCAAAUGCAGUGCACAAGAGUGGUCAGCAGAACAGAGAUGCGUUCUAUAAGAUUCCGUGGGAUGACAUCGAGGCGGCCCCGGAAGAGUGGGCUAAGAAGCGAUUUCCCAAACUGAAGCCCUGGGACCCCUUGGAAUUUACCAAAGAGCAGUUUCCCAAAGUCGCUAAGGACAUCAAGAACGGUGUCACGGGUCAUCUGAAUGAUGUAGCUGUGCCUCCGCCGCCUGGUGGGUACUGGUAACUGGAUUCACUGGGAGUCGCCGGCUUUGGAAUGCCU